AUGCUUGGCUGGGUAAUGAAGCGCGGCUUGGAGGCCGCGACUGGCGCGCCGCCGCCCGUCAAUCCAGAUGAUACACAAAUCGAGCAGCCAGACACGCCCGCUCCCGUAUUCGCCGCACGAGCUUUCAAAACAGCCUUGUUUGGAACGCCGGCAGCUCGCGAUCAAGUACUCGAGGAGGCAGACAACAACAGCCAAGCGAAGACCGCCAAAGACGAUGACGAUGGAUUCAAGUCUCCGACGAAACCAGCCGGCAUUCUUCUGACGCCUGGCACUGGCACGACGCGUCGAAAACGCGUUUCCUUUGGCCGUGAUGUCAAGGAUCACAAGACUGCAAUUGGGGCUAAGGACGAUGGAACAUCGAAACUGCGACCACGGACUAAGUUGACUGAAGCUCUGGAAAAUGCACGCAAGCAGCGAAAUAGACCAGCUAAGGCUGACGGCAAGAUUGCAGAAUCCCAGGCCAAAGAUCCUGAGGACGCCUGGGAGGAGGUGGACGAUUUGGAGAUGGAUGCUGAUAUCACGGUCGACCUCAAUGAGCCUCAUUCCCAAUCAGGACGGUACUGGAAGUCCGAAUUCCAGAAGUAUCACGAAGAAGCCAAGGCAGAAAUGGAGAAGCUGGUUAAGUACAAGCAUCUCGCAAAGUCUUACGCUAAGAUGAAGGAUGCCGAGGCUCUAAACUUGAACCAGAAACUCAGGGAAGAGCAGGAAAAGGUCUCACGGAUGGAAGGAAAGGUGACUGAACUCGCUGGACGCCUUGCGACUCAGCGGUUGAAGGGCUCGAGUAGCAACGACGAGGAAAUGAUGGAAGAUCUCGCGCGACAAACGGCUCUGGCUGUUCAGUAUCGAGAGCAGGUGGAGGAGCUGGAGUCUUUGCUCAAGACUGGCCAAAUCGAAACAGGCGAGUGUGGUAAACGACGUCGACAAGUUGCUUCACCUCGCACCGCAAAGACGCUCCUUGACACGCAGCGAGAACUUAGAAAGGCCCGAGAGCAGGUUAAGGAGCUUGACAGACUUCGGGGAGAUGUCCAACGUUUGAAGGCUGAUCUAAGAUCUGCAGAACAGCGAGAACUCAAGCUAGAAGUUGAGCAUAAGAGGAUUGCGGCAGACCUUUCAAAGAGUACGUCUAAAAUUGCCGAGCUCGAGGGCCGUUUGAAGAGAUCGGAGGAAGAAUGUGAGAGAAAGGAUGGCCACCUCCAGAAAUUGAAAGCAGAUUACAACACCUUGAAGGAGAAUGCCAAGGCACGAUACGCAGAGGCAAGAGAAGUGCUUAACCGGAAGAACGAGGAGAUCGACGAACUCAAGAACGAGAUCCGUUCCUUGAAAACAAGCGAUGCCGAGAUUCUUAAGCACGACAUAAAGUCUUUGACUUCUAAGCAACACGACUCGAACGCGCGGUCAAAGAAACUCGUAGACUUGCAAGCUAAAUUGAAGGCGGAGCAAGAUGCGCGCCAGCGGGAGAACGAAGAUGCUAGCAUCACGAUUAAUCGGCUAGAAAUGGAGGUCAAGGAUAGGACUUAUGGCCGAGCCUCUGAUAGACGCGGUGCUGGAAAGAGCUCAAGUUUGAAUCUACGUCAGAAUGGCAGUCGCAACAGCAAUGAGGGGAUUGGUCGUACGUUGAUGCUAGAGUCGCAAGUCUUACAAGCGGCCUAA